AUGAGUUUCCACAAGGAAGACGGGAUGGGCAGCUUGUGCCACAAGGCUCUGCAGAUCAUCUCCGAGCUGUGCCUGGGAGGGCAAGUGGAGUUGGAGAAAUGUUCGGGCAUCUUCCCGCUGGAGACCACCAACCAAGGUAUAAGCAGCGCAGACAUCUCUGUCAGCUUGCUUGCAGUUGUCGUCAGCUUCUGUGGGCUUGCCUUGCUGCUAGUCUCACUUUUUGUUUUCUGGAAGUUGUGCUGGCCAUGCUGGCGGAGCAAACCGAUGACAUCAAACGCUACAAGCAUCCCUCAGAGCACCUCCAGCGCUCCCACUGAGUUUCUGGAAGCUAAUGAGAAAAAGGAAAUGAUUAAAGAAAACGGGAAGCCCUCCACGAAAAUCCUUGAGGCGGCAAUGAAAAUUAGCCACACUUCACCUGAUAUUCCAGCAGAGGUCCAGAAUGCUCUGAAGGAACAUCUAAUCAGGCAUGCACGCAUGCAAAGGCAGAUCACUGAGCCUGCAUCCUCAUCAAGGCACAAUUCCUUCAGGAGACAUCUGCCAAGGCAAAUGCAGGUGUCCAGCAUUGAUUUUAACAUGGGGACAGAUCCUGUUUUACAAAGAGGGGAGACAACUACCAGCAUUGGAAGGAUAAAACCGGAACUUUAUAAACAGAAAUCUGUGGAUUCAGAAGGCCAGAAAGAGGAUGUGAAAACUUGUGGGAAACUCAACUUUACCCUUAAGUAUGAUUAUGAAAAUGAGAUGCUUUUGGUUACCAUUGUCAAAGCCUUGGAACUACCAGCUAAAGACUUCACUGGUACAUCAGACCCCUAUGUGAAAAUCUACCUUCUUCCAGACAGGAAAAAAAAGUUUCAGACACGGGUUCACAGAAAGACGUUGAACCCUGCCUUCAAUGAAACCUUUCAGUUUCCUGUAGCCUAUGAUCAACUUUGCAACAGGAAGCUACAUUUCAGUGUAUAUGAUUUUGACAGAUUUUCUAGACAUGAUAUGAUUGGAGAAGUCAUUCUGGAUAACUUUUUUGAGGUCUCCGAUCUCUCUAGAGAGGCCACAGUAUGGAAAGACAUCCAUUGUGCCACUGCAGAAAGCAUAGAUUUGGGGGAGAUCAUGUUUUCCCUUUGUUAUUUGCCAACAGCAGGGAGGAUGACCCUCACAGUCAUCAAAUGCAGAAAUCUUAAAGCUAUGGACAUCACUGGCUCAUCAGAUCCAUACGUCAAAGUGUCCCUGAUGUGCGAUGGUCGGCGCCUGAAAAAGAGAAAAACAACUACAAAGAAAAACACUCUCAAUCCAGUAUACAGUGAGGCCAUCGUUUUUGACAUCCCUCCAGAGAACGUGGACCAAGUCAGCCUCUCCAUCGCUGUUAUGGACUAUGACCGAGUGGGACACAAUGAGGUGAUUGGAGUAUGUAGGGCUGGACUUGACGCUGAAGGCCUUGGAAGAGACCACUGGAAUGAAAUGCUGGCGUACCCUCGCAAGCCAAUAACCCACUGGCAUCCCUUGGUAGAGUUGCCAGGCCGAGCAACCAGUUUUGACAGUCAAGGAUCUUGCUCAUCACCAAAACCACCACUUACACCCUAG